UGGAACUUUCUGUCACCUUGACUAAAUCGGCACUUUUGCAAAAAUCCCGAGAUUCUUCUUCUUCUUCACCUCUGUCACCUUAACGAACUUUCCGGCGAAAAUUCCGAUGAAGAUCUCCACUAAAUCCUUCACCGGCGUUUGAUUUGACUACAGUAUCGAGGGAGAAACUGAUGAAAAUCUAAAAAUAGAAAGUCACAGUUCAAUCAAUUCUCGAAAAGCGCAAAUCAAGGAAACGAGAGAGAUGAUGAGUAAGCGAAACCCACGGAUCCUCAAGAUAAUCCUCUACAUGCUACUCCUCAACUCUCUCUUCCUCUGCAUCUACUUCGCUUUCCACUCUUCUUCCUCCUCUCCCGAGCCGCCGCCGCAUCACUCCCACCUCCCGUCGCGAUUCCGCGUCUCCGUCACCAACAACCAAUCCUCGAUCCAGAAGCCGUGGCCGAUCCUACCUUCCUACCUCCCCUGGACGCCGCCGCAGAAGGAUCUACCAACUCGCUCCUGCGAAGGCUACUUCGGGAACGGAUUCACCAAGAGAGUUGACUUCCUCAAACCGACGACGGCGGUUUCCGAAGGAAGCUGGUUCCGAUGCUUCUACAGCGAGACGCUGGAGAGCUCGAUUUGCGAGGGGAGGAAUCUGAGGAUGGUUCCGGAUCGGAUCGCGAUGUCGAAGGGAGGCGAGAAGCUGGAGGAAGUCAUGGGGAGGAACGAGGAGGUGGAGCUUCCGGAGUUUCGAGAAGGCGCGUUUGAGGUGGCGGAAGAUAAGAGAAACCGCCGCAUUGGUGGAGGCGGCGGCGGUGUUUCGCGGCGGUUAGUGAGUGAUGAGAUGUUGAAUGAGUAUAUUCAAGAAGGCGGCAUUGGUAGGCAUACGAUGAGAGGUUUGGUUGGUUCGAUUCGUGCCGUUGCCACUGAUGAUUUCGUUUGUGAAGAGUGGGUGGAGGAACCAACUCUGCUCGUUACUCGGUUCGAGUACGCGAAUAUGUUCCAUACCGUUACAGAUUGGUACAGCGCUUACGUUUCCUCUAGAGUCACCGGUUUGCCUAAUCGUCCCCACGUUGUUUUCAUCGAUGGACACUGCACGACGCAGCUAGAAGAAACAUGGAACGCUUUGUUUUCCGGAAUCAAAUACGCAAAGAACUUCACCAAACCGGUUUGUUUUCGUCACGCCGUUCUCUCACCGUUGGGAUACGAGACGGCUCUUUUCAAGGGCUUGUCUGGAGAGAUUGACUGCAACGGAGAAUCAGCUCACAAUCUCUGGCAAAGCCCUGACAACAAAAAAACCGCGAGGCUCUCGGAGUUUGGCGAAAUGAUCAGAUCAGCAUUCGGGUUCCCUGUGAACAGACACCGCUCAACAGAAAAACCGCUGUCGUCCUCAUCAUCAUCCCCUGUCCACAACGUUCUCUUUGUCCGCCGUGAGGAUUACUUAGCACACCCUCGUCACGGAGGUAAAGUCCAGUCUCGACUCAUCAACGAGGAAGAAGUGUUCGAGUCUUUGCGCCAGUGGGUUGCUUCUGGCUCCACCGGUCUGACGAAAUGCGGGAUUAACCUUGUGAACGGGUUGUUUGCGCACAUGUCGAUGAAAGAUCAAGUCCGAGCCAUCCAAGACGCGUCGGUGAUUAUAGGAGCUCACGGAGCGGGACUGACACACAUUGUGUCUGCAACACCAAACACAACGAUCUUUGAGAUCAUAAGCGUAGAGUUUCGGAGGCCGCACUUCGAGCUUAUAGCUAAGUGGAAAGGUUUGGAGUAUCAUCCGAUGCAUCUGGCUAAUUCACGUGCGGAUCCAACGGCUGUGAUUGAGAAGCUAAAAGAGAUAAUGAAAAGUCUUGGCUGCUGAAAAAAGGAAUCUCCGGUGACCCGUGAGUUCGAACCUUAGUGGUCACGGGAUGUUUUUGUAUUAUUAUUUUCUCUUGAUUUUUAGGUGGGUUAAUGAUGUCAAGUGUUGUAGAUUUGCGUUUACUCUUUGUACCAGACAUGCUUUUUGACCCGUGUGUUCGAGCCUUAGCAACCACGGGAUAAUUAUUAUACAGUCUUACUUUUCUUUUAGA